AUGGCUGAAUUAGAAGGUACAUGGACUUCCAAAUCAAAUACAGUAUUCACUGGUCCUGGAUUUUACGAUCCAGUUGAUGAAUUAUUAAUAGAGCCUGAUUUACCAGGUAUAUCAUAUUCUUUCACUGCUGAUGGUCACUAUGAAGAAGCUUUGUAUAGAGUUGUACCAAAUCCUCAAAAUCAUAGUUGUCCUGUCGCAUCUGUAACAUAUCAACAUGGUACUUACAAAUUAUUAAGUAAUGGUUCAUUAGUGUUAACUCCAAUAGCUGUUGAUGGAAGACAACUAUUGAGUGAACCUUGUGGUCAAUACCCAGACAAGUCAACUUAUACUAGAUACGUUCAGGCUACUUGGUUUAAAACAUAUCAAGUUUAUAUUGAUUCCUAUAAUGGUAGAUAUGCUUUACAAAUCUAUCAAUUUGAUGGUUCAAUGAUGCAGCCAUUAUAUUUAGCUUAUAAACCACCUUUAAUGUUACCCACUUAUGCUUUGAAUCCUACUGAUAAAGCCUCUGAAUCAUCAUCUUCAUUAAGAAGAAGAGUUAAGAGAUCUCUUGAAAACCAAUACAGAACAAAUGCCAUAAGAGACAGUUCUAAUGAAAAGUUCGAUUUCUAUUGGUAUAUCUCUGUAGCUUGUUUGGCUUCAGCUUCAGCUUUUAUGUUUUUAAAGUAA